AUGGCUGGAGGAACAAGUAUCUGGAUCAGCAGUGAAGCAAAAACCGAUCCAAGGGAGAUUUUCAACCUUCGGCUUCUUUAUCUUCUUGUUGCAGUGGCUUGGGGUGGAUCAUUUUAUGGAUUCGAUACUGGAAAUAUUGGAGGCAUUCUCACACUGCCCUCUUUCAAAAAUGCUUUCGGACUGAAUGAUGUCUCUCAAGCGGAGCAAGAUAACAGAAAGGGCACCAUAGCCUCCAUGCUGGCGGCGGGCGGCUCAGCCGGCGCACUACUCGCCGCUCCCACAUCAGACUACAUUGGCCGAAAGUGGUCAGUCUUUGGAUGGGGUCUCGUGUUUGUCAUUGGUGCCGCAAUGCAAAUGGUUGCCGACUAUGAUGUGCUUCUGGCUGGUCGAUUUAUCGCUGGUAUGGGAGUGGGUGCAUCAUCCAUGCUUACACCCCAGUUCCUGGCGGAAAACUCACCGAAAUCGGUACGAGGAUCGAUGACAGCCACUUACAAUCUCAUGAUCGUGACAUCAUUGAUGUUGGCAUUUUGGGUAAACUACGGCGUUGCGAAGUGGUCGUUCCCAGGCGUCGAAAAUGACGACAUGCAAUGGAGGACAGCAAUGGGUAUUCAAAUCAUCCCGGGCGCUUUGCUCUGCUUGAUGAUUCCAUUUGUCCCGGAGACACCUCGAUACUUAAUUAACCAUGGCAAGAAUGAAGAGGGACUCAGAAAUAUUUGCAAGUUGAGAAAACUGCCUGCUGAUCACGAGUACGUUCAAACUGAGUAUCGUGAGAUUUUGGCCCAGGUGCGCCACGAACAAGAAUGUUUCGCUGGCCACAGUUACUGGGUUGUCCUCAAGGACGUGGUCUCUUCACGAAGCAAUUUCCAGCGUUUCUUCCUAUCGGUCAUGCUGUUCCUGUUUCACAAAUUUACAGGCACUGACUCUUUGAACUAUUAUGCGCCCGAGAUCUUUGAAAUGAUCGGUGUCAAGGGAGGCUCUACAAGUCUUCUUACCACAGGCGUCUACGGUGUUGUGAAGACAGUUGUGUCUAUUUUGUAUGUUGGGUACCUCGUCGAUCGCAUUGGCCGCCGGCUGCCCCUACUAGUCGGAGCCACACUACAAGCAACUUCCAUGCUGUAUUUGGCCCUUUACCUGCGCUUCGCAGGAACAAGCACAGACAGCGUUGGAAGUGGCACGCCUGCGGGAGGAAUAGUUGGCAUCAUCUUCAUCUAUGUCUACGCAUUUGGAUGGUCGUUCGGGCACUCCGUGGCCUGCUACGUGGUGGCAGCUGAAGUAUUUCCCACAAGAAUUCGGUCCUUCUGUAUGGCUAUAUGCUUCUUUGUCAAUUGGAUUGUUGACUACGGUAUCACACGGGCUACGCCAAAUAUGAUCACGGAAAUGGGCUGGGGCACAUUCCUACUCUACUCCAUGCUGACAUAUCUGGGUGUCAUCUUUAUCUACUUUUGCUUGCCAGAGAUGAAGGGCCGCUCGAUGGAAAGUAUGGAUGACCUGUUCGAGCGGCCACUGUGGACUAUGUGGAAACACGCCUACCCCACCGAGGAAGAGAAGAUUAGGAGAGAUGUCCGCGAGGACCUUUUGGCCGGGAAGACCCAAGCAUUGGAAGAUGAUGGAAAGACACAGCGUGUGGAGCAUGUUGAAACUGCCUAG